AAGUGCACCGUUGAAAAAAACAUACAGUGACCAUGGCUUGUUGUCGUCUUACUAAAUGCUGCUGCUGCAGUCUUCACAGCGGAUCCCUUAUUGUCGCGAUCAUCUAUUUGUUCCUAACAUUACUGGGAGGAGGAUUCUACGCUUGGGAACUGUACCAGAACAUUGACCAUGACCUUACCACUGUCAUCGCGUAUGAUAGCGCUGGCAUCGGUGUCAUGGGCCUGUCUGCCGCCAUCGCCAUUGUGUUGAUCGUCGGUGUGGCUAAGGAGAGGCGGGGCCUGUGUCUGGUGUGGAUCAUCUGGGCGUUCCUGCACCUGGCCAUAGAGAUCGGCCUGGGUGCUUAUGUGGGCGUGGUCUCGAUCGGCGGGGCCUUUGGACUGGCUGUUGCGGGAUCUGUCGUAUUGCUGACGGGAGUUUUCAUCCCGAUCAGCCUCAUCCCCGCCAUCAUCACCCUCGUCAUCGCCGUCAUUAUCAUCAUUUUCUUGAUUUUCGGCAUCGUGAUUGUGUGCUCAUAUUACAAAGAACUCAGGGACGGGCAACAGGUACAGCCUGUGUAAGGGAAGACAACUCCAGAUUUUCUCUAGUUUUCUUUUAUUUAAAUCAACGUCAGCUUAAAAUAAGACAGAUCCAUCGCCGAAUUUCUCCAAAGUCCAAUUUUUUUAUGUUGUCAAACACAGGCGCAGCGUUUACAGCGAAUGGUACAUGUAUACGGCGAUUUGAAAUAAACGGUUUCAAGUAACGUGCCCUUGAAAGUUGUUGAGACCAGACGUACCAACUGAUAUGACAAAAAUGUAGCACUAUCGCAGUAGUAUAUGUUCCGGAAUUAUAAAUACACGUCUUGUGACAUGGAUUUGAGUUUCUCUAUCGAAAGGAUGUGCAGCUGAUAGUCCUGGUAUUGAAUCCAAUGUACUUAUUUAGCAGUCCAGUACAGUAAUUUCACUGUUCAUCUAAAUUUACAUACCAACUGAACAGUGCAGUACAUGUAGCUGUAAGCACGGAGAAGGUUGGUGACUGGGCUGUGUUCUGUCUUUUUUUUCUGGAGAGUUACACUGGUGUAAAUAUCCACAAAUGGUAAACUUUAAUCUGUUUUGAUGUAUAUUUAUUACUGUGAAGUCGUGUUGUGGACUUUCCAAGUUGACAUCCACCACGCUAUGCCUCUGUAAUAAAACGUUUCAACACGCAUUACA